AUGGCGCCUCUUGCAAAUGUGCUAAGAAUAGUUGAUAAUGAAAGUAAACCCACAAUGGAUUACAUAUAUGCCGCAAUGAGGGUAGCGAUGGAAUCAAUUGAUAAGGCUUUCAAUUCAAAUUCAACCAAGUACAAAGUCGUAUUUGAAAUCAUUGAUAAAAGAUGGGAGUAUCAACUUCAUCAUCCGCUACAUGCUGCAGGUUACUAUCUCAAUCCUGGAUAUUAUUAUGAUAAACCAGAAAUUGAGAAUGAUCCUAAAUUGGUGACAUGCCUCCGUAGAUGCAUUGAGACACUUAGUGGAAGCCAUGAGGUGGAAGAUAGAAUUUCAGUACAAUUGACAGAAUACAAAGGUGCUACAGUUAGACAAAUGUCGACAUUAGCUCCAAAUAAGAUGAAAUGGUGGAAGUCUUAUAGAGCCGAAACUCUGGAUUUGCAAUUAUUGACGGUUAAAGUGUUGAGUUUGAGUUGUAGUGCUUUGCAAUUAUUGACGGUUAAAGUGUUGAGUUUGAGUUGUAGUGCUUCCGAAGGUGAGCGUAACUGGAGCAUCUUUGAGCAUAUUCAUUCCAAGAAGAGAAAUAAAUUGAAGCAUCAAAGGUUACAAGACUUGGUUUUCAUUAAGUCUAACCAAGUUUUAAUUGAAAGGCUUGAAAUUCGGGACAAGAUUGAUCUUAUGGUUUUUAGCAAAAUUAAUUAUCAUUCUGAAUGGUUGGUGGGAGAGAUGGGAGAGAUAGAAGAAGACCUCUUUCAUGAUGAUCAAUGA